GGGGUCGAAUAGACGUUCCGUUAAUCUCAACCAGCCGUCAAAAAAUACCACCUUAUCAUCUAGCAUUCAUCCAGGUCACGGUUCCGUCAUCCAUUACUACAGACAGUUGGGAUGCAUCGAUAACAUCUGUCGGUCGAAAAAUUCACACUGCCAACAGUUGGAUUCGAAUUAAAGAUCGAAAAUCAUUCGUACAAGUCGCUAACUGCUCCGCAUCGUCUUCGUACAUUCGCCCGGGACAAAAGGUUGCAUUAGCAGACCUUUUAGAAUACUCGUCGCAAAAUAAAGACUCCGCAAAUGAAUAUCAAUCAGAAUCACCCAUGCCGAAACAAAAAGGAUUAGAUAAAGAUAUAGAAGAAACAAACAGAGACAAUGGAGCAGAAGAUAGAGGUCUGUUUUCUUUUUCUCUAGCUAAUGACAUGUUGUCUGCUGAAGGUUUCCCUAUUAGAGGCACUAGCGAGGCUAAGGAUUGCUUAGUACCCUUGCAGGACUUCACCGACUCGAGAAAAUCAGUUAUCGUUACUGUCAAAAAUAACGAAAAAUUUUCAAAAAAUCCUACUCAAAAUUUGAUUGAACCUUCUGCUGAAAAUUUACAAACAUGUCAUACUCGAAAUACACACAUACACACUAAUCUUAAUUCAUACACCAAAUCUAUUCAUCACGUAAAACCAACCACACCUUCUACCGAUCCUAAAUUUUUAGAGCAGCUAGAUUUUACCGGUGCCGACUUAGACGACAGGCAAAAGCAACAACUACGCGGAUUACUAUCUAAGUUUGAAGAAUGUUUUUCGGAUACACCUGGUCGCACAGACAUAUUAAAACAUCACAUCGAUACCGGAGAUUCAAGACCAAUAAAAUUAAGACCUUAUCGCGUCUCUCCACCUCUUAAGCGUAUAAUUUCUGAAGAAAUUUCUCAAAUGUUAAAGCAAGGAAUCAUCGAGCAGGCUAACAGUCCGUACGCUGCGCCUGUGACUCUCCAGUCUAAGCGAGAUGGUACCCUCCGUUUCUGCAUCGACUUUCGCCAACUUAAUUCAGUCACAGUUCGAGACGUUUAUCCGCUACCCCGGAUAGAUGAUACCUUAGAUCAGUUACAAAAUGCGAAAUAUUUUACAUCACUAGAUCUUAAGUCCGGAUUCUGGCAGGUCGAAUUAGAUGAUCAGAGUAAGCCUAAGACGGCGUUUGUCACUCACGAGGGACUUUAUCAGUUUCGAGUGAUGCC